CGGGGCUGAUAUUGGGGUGUCAAAAACUAAAAUAUAUAUGUAUAUGAUCUCGGGAACAUAGCCUAUCGAAUUCUCCAUCCGAACAUCCGAAAUCACCGAAAAAUUGUUAAGAUAUGACCGACGAUCUGUCAACUACCGCCCAAUUGAGCGUUCGGCUCAAUGAUUGCAACAAAAAUUUACCUUGAUGAGCUUCUUCGAGGACAUUGGGCGCAACAACGCACAGUUGAGCCACCUCCGAACGGCACUCACACAACUUCCACAUAGUAUCCCCCUCGGAAACUCCAAAUAUAAUUUUGAGCACUAUGCUCCAGAUCCGGAGAGGGUCGAACUCUAUGGCAGUACCGACGGCCAGAAGGAUGAGUCGGCACCGUGUCCGUUCGAGUUUCAAGAGCGUGGGCCAGGUCUUGUUGCAGUCGUUGAUGUCCUAACGGCUGCGGACUCUAAUUCAGACUCGGAGGACAAUUGGUUGGAGGAGAGCGAGGACCCAGAGAUUGAGCGUGAUCCAAUCGAGGAUGCUCAUCUUGAUGCUCCUCGAUUGUUGGACUUACUAUCAGAGAAGCCGGUGGAAGGGGCAAGCAGGACACCUCAAAUACAGGAUAGCACAGUUCCAACGCCUCCGGGAGGGCCUGUACAUCUGUCAAAAACUGGUCAAAAACUAGUUUUUAACUCGUGUCAAAAACCCCUCGAGGGUGGGGAUCGACCAAUGAAACGGCGAUGGAUCAUAUUCUUUACCGGUUACGAGUUUAGUCCCUGCACAUACGUGGGUGUUGCAGACGUUACUUUGCUAGUAGCAGGCGCGAUCAUAGAGGAAGAAACUGAGCCAAUGAAAGUAAACAAUGAUACAAUUAUUGUUGCGGCCCAUUUACCAGUCUUACGCGCUAAACCCCACCCUGCGCGUCAGCACUUUAACUGUCUGUGUAACUUAGUGUUUCCUUUCAUUCUAACAGAAGUUUUAGUGUCCCUCCCAUACCUCGACCUCGACAUCUCAUUCGAGGCACUCUGA